AUGACUGAUAAAAGGAAGCCAGACUAUAUUCUCGCAGUCAAUGCAGGAUCUUCUUCCCUCAAGCUCCAGCUCUUUAAAAUCACACCAAAUCACGACGCUUUGAUCCCGCGCUUGUUGAUUAAGUCUUCUCUAUCGAAUCUCUCUUCACCUCCUGCGAAAUUCAAUUUUAAGAAUUAUGAUAAGGAGGGAAAUGACAUAGAGUCACAGGAUUUGCAUGAUAUUACAUCUGGACUUGAAGCCUUUGAGUUCUUCAUAAGCCGCCUGAAAAAGGGUCGAAGUAGCAUUGAUAACGGUUUGGUGGAUAAAAUAACACACAUCUGUCACCGUGUUGUUCAUGGUGGCGAAAUUGGGGAAAGAGGUCCACUCGUGGUCAAUGAUAGUGUCCUAAAACAACUGGAAGAAGUGAUCUCGUUGGCACCAUUGCACAAUGGCCCAGCGGAUCAGAUCCUGAAAGCUGCCCUAAGGUCUUUUCCUCAGGCAAGGAAUAUUGCAUUCUUCGACUCGUCGUUUCACAAUUCCUUGCCGGACUUCAUUAAAGCCUAUCCGAUUGAUCAAAAGAUAGCAAAGGAGAGAAAGCUGAGGAAAUACGGCUUCCAUGGGCUAAGUUACCACUGGAUUGUGAAAAAUGUGGCGAGAUUCCUCAAAAAGGGUUUCAAAGCACUUACUGGAACAUCCGACUUCUCGGAAAUACUUGCAACAGAUCCUGCAACUCCAGAGUCCGAACUUGCUAUUAGCUUAUUUCUUGACAGGAUCUUGGGGUUCUUCGGUUCGUAUUGGUUGAAGUUAGGCGGCGGGAGAGGGUGUGUCGACGCCGUCGUUUUCGCAGGUGGUAUCGGAGAGAGUAGCCCAAUAUUCCGUGAGAUGAUUGUAAAAGGAUUGGAUGGUUUGAAUGGUGGGUUCGAUGGAGUAGACCCCAAAAAGAAUAAAGAAGAGGAUGGUCGCAAAGUUGUCUAUUCUAUUGGUGAUGAAAUCGGCAGGACGCGGCUCCUAGUUUGCAAGACAAAUGAAGAGCUCGAGAUGGUGGAUGAAUGCCUGAAGGACAAAGGGCUCUGGUGA